AACCGGAAGAAGGAAGCGACCGGGACUUCCGGGCCUGUGCGUUGGGCUGGUGGAGGCGAAGCCUGAGGGGCUCGCCCGCCAUGUGAGCCGGGAGCGGUUCGUCGAGGGCCUCGCCUUUCAGAGAGUCUGCUGAUGAAAUGGAGCCUGGGACAAAUUGUUUCAGAGUGGAGUUCCCCGACUUCUCCAGCACCAUCUUGCAGAAGCUAAACCAACAACGCCAACAAGGGCAGUUGUGCGAUGUUUCGAUUGUUGUUCAGGGCCAUCUCUUCAGAGCCCACAAAGCCGUCCUGGCAGCCAGCUCCCCUUACUUCUGCGACCAAGUGCUCCUGAAAAAUAGCCGGAGGAUCGUUCUGCCCGACGUCAUGAACCCCAGAGUCUUUGAGAACAUUCUCCUGUCAACAUACACGGGACGGCUGGUCAUGCCUGCUCCGGAGAUUGUCAGCUACCUCACGGCAGCAAGCUUCCUUCAGAUGUGGCACGUCGUAGACAAAUGCACAGAGGUUUUGGAAGGGAACCCUUCAGUGCUUUGUCAGAAGCUGAACCGUACCAGCGACCAUCAGUCUCCAAGCAGCAGUAACUAUAAUGGCCUCGUGGAAAGCUUUGAGCAGGCUGAUUUUCACAAAGUGCAGGAACUACGGGAUGGGGAGAAUGAAGAGGAAAGUUCCAAGGAUGAACUCUUAUCUCAGCUAACAGAACAUGAGUAUCUUCCGAGCAAUUCUUCCACAGAACAUGACGGGCUGAGCACAGGGAUGACCAGCCAGGAUGGGGAAGAAGGGGUUAGCGAUAGUGCAGAUUAUCAGUACACGAGGCCACUUUACAGCAAGCCUAGCAUCAUGUCUCACAAGCGGUGGAUCCAUGUCAAAACAGAGAGGUUCGUCCAGGACUGUGAAGCCGUGGAGGUGCAUGGACCUUACGACGAACAGCAGGUGUCUGAGUCCAUAAACACUGUCCAAGCUGACCAUACUGUCCAGACCUCCGCUCCCGAAGAUCUCCGCAUCACCGAGAAAAAGGGGGAAAGGGAGUAUGGCGAGCGAGCUAAUGAAGGCAGUUACGACGAGCAAGUGGAUUUCUAUGGCUCCUCCAUGGAGGAGUUCUCCGGGGAUCGGGCUGAUGGGACUUUAAGCCUCCAGAGACAGGAUGUGGCAGGUUAUGGAGAAAGUGUGGAUGCGACGCCAGGGAUCAAAGAAGAAAACGCUCUCUCUGGGUUUUCUACAGCUGACAAGCUUUACCCGUGCCAAUGUGGGAAAAGCUUUACGCAUAAGAGCCAGAGGGACCGCCACAUGGGUAUGCACCUUGGGCUGCGGCCGUACGGCUGUGGCGUGUGCGGUAAGAAAUUCAAAAUGAAGCAUCACCUUGUUGGGCACAUGAAAAUCCACACAGGCAUCAAGCCUUAUGAGUGCAACAUUUGUGGGAAACGGUUCAUGUGGAGGGACAGCUUCCAUCGGCACGUUACAUCCUGUACAAAGUCAUACCAGGCUUGUAAAGUGGAGCAAAAUGCUACUGAGAUGAACUGAAAAAUGGGGAGGGAGUGAUGAUAUACCUACUCAGCCAAGUGAGCAGAAUGAAUGCUUAACACAGGGCAGUGCCUGGUACUUGUUGUUUUUAGUUUCUGGAUGGUACAGAAAUAAAUUUGGUAGGAAAAAAACUAUGUCGAUCUCCAAGCUGUUCAAAGAGGAGUAGUGGUACUUCAGCAUGGCUAUCAUUAUAAUUAUUAUUAUUUAUUGUUUAGUGUUUUAGUAGCAUUUGGGUUUCUCGUCAAGAGAAGGACAUUUCUUAUUUCCCAUUCAUCUCAGUAGCAGUCUGCUCAGUUAUUUCAGCUUGAGCAAAGGUGUUAUGUAGAGAACAUCCUCUGUUAAGGGGCUAAUUUCUUUAAUUGUGUUGCCCAGCUAGUACUUGUGUUUUAAAGUCACAAAACGGGUGCUCAAGCAGUUUACCUGUUUGGAACCAAAGGGUGAUUAGAUUGCUAAACACAAGUUGCUAGACGAUUUUGAGGUGCCAACAGCUUUAACAAGUGGCUGCUUUUUGAUCAGCCAGAUGUUUGUGUUCCAUUCACUGGCUCUGUUUUGUCUUUUCAUGAUUAUUUGUAACUUUUUUUUAGCACUUGGCUAUAUUGCGAUGGACACUUUAGAGACAGAAUAUAACCUCAUUCCCUCCCCAUACCCCCCUCCUGCCUCUUGCCCCCAGUUGUGCCUAAGAGAAGAGUUAGGCCCCUUCCACACUGCUGAAUAAAAUCCUACAAUACUGUAUCUACUUUGAACUGGGAUAUAUGGCAGUACGGAUUCAAAUAACCCAGUUCAAAGCAGAUAUUGUGGGCUAUUCUGCCUUGAUAUUCUGGGUUAUAUGGCUGUGUGGAAGGGCUCCUAGUCAGGUGAGACUUUUGGCUGUUGCAAUAGAGAGCAUCGCAUUUGCUGUCCAGUAAAUACAAGUAUGCUUUUUGCUGGUACUUGUGGCUCAAAGCAGACAUCGGUCCAGUUUUUGUUGAAGAACUUGCACUUAGAGAAGAGAAUGCGAUCUACUGAUUUCCACUUCGGGGUUCACAAAGUCAGUUUACGGUACCAACUUCCUCCCUUAAAUGGCUGAGUCCGUGCAGACCUAAAGAAGCUACUAUGGAGGCUACUCAGUGAGUAAACAUCCAAAUGGCUUGAGCCAGAUAUUCCGAACCAUUUUCAAUCCUGAAGCACUUUUUGAAUCAUGGAAUGUACUUUUGUCCUUUACAAAGGAUGGUUUUUUUCCUUCAAAACACUGGAUUCAUUCCUGUAACCCAAAUAGGGGUUAUAGGUUAUUAUAUUAUUUUAAGAGCUCUUUUUCCCUGUCGUCCCCUUGUCCCCACACCCUAUUUUCCUCACUCCUGCUGCAAGUUGAAUGCACAGAAUGGAGGCAACUUGGAAUGGUCAAAACAUUUGUGCUGCUGUUUGAUAAGAUGGGGAAAAAUGUAUGAACAGAGGCAAGAUAUCUAUGUCCUGGCAAAAGUGAGUCAGAUAAGGAGGCUUAUCAGUGCCAAGGCAUGUCUUUUUACCACCAUCCCAAGCUUCUGUUUGUAAACUGUGAAUAGAAACAAAGGGGAUGCGGAACUGGUGGACUGUGUUUGAAAACUAUGUGCAUUCACCGAGGGAAGUAAACAUUUCCAGAGUUGUCGAAGGCUUUCAUGGGUUGCUGUGAAUUUUCCGGGCUGUAUGGCCAUGUUCGUAAAGCAUUCUCUCCUAAUGUUUCACCCACAUCUAUAGCAGGCUUCCUCAGAGGUUGUGAGGAUGCCUGCCAUAGAUGUGGGUGAAACGUCAGGAGAGAAUGCUUCUGAAACAUGCCCACAUAUUUAUUUAUAUUUAUUUACUACAUUUAUAUCCCGCCCUUCUCAGAGCGGCUUACAAAUUAAAUUUACAUACAAUAUUAUAUUAUUAGCAUAGCACAAUACUGGAAUUAAAUUGCUAUAUUGUACUAUAUCAAUAUAUUGUAAUAUUAUUAGUAAUAUUACAUGUAAUAUAUAAUUAAUAUUGUUAUAUUGUAUUAUCAGUAUUAUAUCGUAUUACAAUAUAAUAUUAUCACAUAGCCAGGAAAACACAGCAACCCAUUUCUGGGGUUGUUGCCCUCUUCCCAUGCUCACCCAGCUUAAACAGAUGACAGGCUGGCAUCAAGAAGGCUUUGGUUGGUUAAUAAAAAUACUAGUUCUACCAACUUUCCUCAUGACAGGUUUUUAAUUUCAUUUGAAAGCCAAUAUUGACAGCUUUUCCACACUGAUCCUCUUUCCCCAGCCUGGUAAUCUUCGAAAUUACUUGCUUUCAUGCACCACCUUUGUUGAGUAAUAAUGGACAUUUGGUUGAUCGGGAUCUGUUUAUCUUUUCCCUUUAAUAACUUCAGAAAUAUCCCAGAAUGACAGCUGUCAGUGACUUGAACCUGAGUGAAACAAGGUAAAUCAUUGAGCAGGGAUCUACUUGCUAACACUGGAACCUGCUAAAUGUUUGGAAGCACUUUGUAUUUAAAAACAAAAUAAUUAUGAAAAAAUUCCCCUUUAUAAAUGCAUUUUUUGAAAGAACCGAAAUAUAAAUAUAUAUAUUCCUUCUGGUUUGUUUUCUUAAUCAUGUCGCCUAUGUAAAAUGUUUCUUUUAUUUUUAAUCUUCAGACUUUUGUAAUGGUAAGAGGCUUGUUUUUGUUAUUGUUGUUGUUUACAUGAGCAUGAGUACUGGAGGAUUUGUAUUGGGAGAACUACCAUCCCAAGUCUCUAUUUUGAGUUGUGUGUCUUUAUAGUAAUAAUUUUUUAAAAAAAUCCUUACUGCCUUAGAAAAAUGCCCAAAAAGCCAUUUUCAUUUUUUUAUAGUUUGACAAAUGACUGGACUCGGAUAGAUCAGGCGUAGGCAAACUUUGGCCCUCCGGGUCUUUUGGACUCCAACUCCCACAAUUCCUAACAGCCUACCGGAGUCCAAAACACCCGGAGGGCCAAAGUUUGCCCAUGCCUGGGAUAGAGGGUGUCUACUUUGUGUUGCCAAUGUAGCCAUAGUAAAUGGAAUCAAAUUUCAGACUUUGCCACCUUGACUGUCAUCUUCUCCAAUGGCUUGCCUUUGUCACCUUAAUACUUCCUGUUAUGUAAGGAUGUAAACAGAUUAAACCUUUCCCGAAAGGCUAGAGGUGCUUCCUCUCCAAUACCUGCCAUGUCUUCUGGUUUAUUGUGAAAGGUCUUAUGCGUAAUGUGUUUUCGAAGGCUUUCAUGGCCGGAAUCACUGGGUUGCUGUGAGUUUUCCAGGCUGUCUGGCCAUGUUCCAGAAGCAUUCUCUCCUGACGUUUUGCUCACAUCCUCAGAGGUUGUGCGGUCUGUUGGAAACUAUACAAGUGGGAUUUAUAUAUCUGUGGAAUGAUGUCCAAGGUGGGAGAAAGAAUGCUUGUCUGUUGGAGGCAAGUGUGAAUGUUGCCAUUGUCCAGCUUGGUUAGCAUUGAAUAGGCUUGCAGCUUCAAAGCCUGGCUGCUUCCUUCCUGGAGGAAUCCUUUGUUGGGAGGUGUUAGCUGACCUGAUUGUCUCCUGUCUGGAAUUCCCGUGUUUUCCCCAGUAAAUAAAGAGCACUCAGAAAACAAUAUAAUAUACAAUAUAAUAAUAAUACACGAUUAUUACACUAUUACAUGUAAUAAUACUAAUAAUAUUAAAGUAUAGUGGUAUAGCCACUAUACCACUGGUGGCGCAGUGUGUUAAUGUUAAAGCGCUGAGCUGCUGAACUUGCAGACCGAAAGGUCACAGGUUCGAAUUUGGGGAGUAGAGUGAGCGCCCGCUGCUAGCCCCAGCUUCUGCCAACCUAGCAGUUUGAAAACAUGCAAAUGUGAGUAGUUCAAUAGGUACCACUCCGGCGAGAAGGUAACGGCGUUCCAUGCAGUCAUGCUGGCCACAUGACCUUGGAGGUGUCUACGGACAAUGCUGGCCCUGAUUGCUUCCUGUCUGAAAUUCCCGUUUUUUGAGUGUUGCUCUUUAUUUACUAUCCUGAUUUUAGAGUAUAUAUAUAUAUAUAUAUACACACACACACACACACACACACACAGUAGAGUCACACUUAUCCAACUUGCUGGAUUAUCCAACGCAUUUUUGUAGUCAAUGUUUUCAAAACAUGAUAUUUUGGUGCUAAAUUCAUAAAUACAGUAAUUACUACAUAGCAUUACUUCGUAUUAAAUUACUUUUUCUGUCAAAUUUUUUGUAUAACAUGAUGUUUUGGUGCUUAAUUUGUAAAAUCAUAACCUAAUUUAAUGUUUAAUAGGCUUUUCCUUAAUCCCUUCUUAUUAUCCAACAUAUUCACUUAUCCAACGUUCUGCCGGCCCGUUUAUGUUGGAUAAGCGAGACUCUACUGUAUAUAUAUUGCAAGCAAUGGCCCCUAGGCUCCACUGCCUGGCUUCACCUUGACCCCAUUAUAAGCUGACGGCUUAUCUUCAAGUAUAUACGGUAUAUAUAUUCCAUAUCCUGAAUUGCAGGAACCUCCCAGCAAAGGAUUCCUCCAGGCAUGAAACAGCCAGGCUUUGAAGCUGAAAGGAUUUUCAAUACUAAUCGAGGUGGCCAAUUGCAACAUUCACACUUGCCUCAAACAGACAAGAGUUCUUUCUCCCACUCUGGAGGUACAGUAGAGUCUCACUUAUCCAACAUAAACGGGCCGGCAGAAUGUUGGAUAAGCGAAUAUGUUGGAUAAUAAGGAGGCAUUAAGGAAAAGCCUAUUAAACAUCAAAUUAGGUUAUGAUUUUACAAAUUAACCACCAAAACAUCAUGUUAGACAACAAAUUUGGCAGAAAAAGUAGUUCAAUACGCAGUAAUGCUAUGUAGUAAUUACUGUAUUUCUGAAUUUAGCACCAAAAUAUCACGAUUUAUUGAAAACAUUGACUACAAAAAUGCGUUGGAUAAUCCAGAACGUUGGAUAAGCGAGUGUUGGAUAACUGAGACUCUACUGUAUAUAAAUAAACCCCACUUGCCUAGUUUCCAACAGGCCUCACAACCCCUGAGGAUGCCUACAAUAGAUGUGGGUGAAAGGUCAGGAGAGAAUGCUUCUUGAACAUGGCCAUACAGUAUGGAAAACUCAUAGCAACCCAGUAUAGAAUGCAUUUGUGACAAGGACAACCAUCCUUUAUUUCCUCUUAUGGAAAGCGAAAAUCUAAAAGCAUUUGAAGCCUGACUACUACGUUCCAGACAACCUAGGUUAGCACAUCUUCAACUGUAGUCCAUUUUUAAAAGUAUGUAUUGUAUUCAAACUGAAAAUAAAGAUGCCUGCUGGGUUUGGGAACUCUAUUCUCUUUGCUAAUCCUUAAAGGAUUUUAGAAGUAUUAACCACAGACUGUCUAGUAAUUUGUCAAUACUUUGCUAACACAGCAUUUCACGAGUCAAAGAGGGUGGGUUGAUUUAUAAAGGCUGCUCUUGCGAUUUUAUUUCCUGUUAAUCUUAUAUGUUCAACGUUUUAGGUCAGAUGCUAUUUCUUCUAAAGCCGAGAGUCUCUAUUUUUGAAGAUAUUUGUUUUAUCUAGGAUAGGGGAAGGUUGAAACAUUCAGUUAAAUGUCUACAUAUUUUAAAAUGCUAAUAUGUUUAUUUAAUUUGGAUGGUUGAAAAAGCAGAAAAAGCUGAACUGAUUGUAUCAUAAAAGUGGUAGCGUCACACUAAUUUUAUUUUGCUUGAAGCUUGCCUCUUCGGUUAUUUGCUGCUGCAUCUCCUUACCCAUUAUCUUUCGCGAAUAAAUGUAAAUGUUUCUCCAAGUGAGGUGAACCUUAUCCCACUACAAAAGUUUCCCUUAUAUGCAUUGUCACUUAUAAUAUUAAAACCCAUACCCCUGUCGAUCUUCUGUGAGUUGUUAUGCCUAUAUUGCAACGGUUGGAUACUUGGAUAUCUCUAUAAUACUGCUGUUCUAAUAAUGUACAGCAUGAUUUUAUGUCAUAUUGCUGUUUCAUUGUUUUCUUCUUAUAGAAGAGUCGGUUGCUCUUUUAUAUAACAUGUUUUAAUAAAUGUUAUCUGCCUUUUA